GCAUGCGUGCAUGGUGACAAACCCACGAGACUCCACCUUCCAGUAACAAGAGAUGAUUUAUCAUCAGCACACAGGCGACAGAAAGGCACAGAAAUCAGCCGAUGCUUUCACAAAGCCAGUGCAUCUGAUGUGAAAGUGUUUUAUACUGCGCAAAAGGAUUAGAAAAAAGAUCCACGCGUGGGAGAGCACGAAAGAGGAGACAUUUGGGGAGCAGCGGAAAUGAAGCGAUGGAGACGGAUGAACUGGUGCAUGUGAUUAAUGCAUGAUUGCAUGGACGCUUUUCCUUCGAAUUCAAACGAGCGUGUGCGACUCAACAAAAACAAAUCGAUGCAGUGUUGAGUUAGAAAUAUAGCAUGCUCUGUCAGGUUAUGAAUAUUCCGUGAUAAAUAAUGCGGGCUGGUUUGUCAGCUUAGAAUCUUCGCUGCAUGUUCAGAAAUUUAUCAAAGCACCUUUUUCCAAUUUUUUAUAGUUUGUUAAUGUAAUGAAGAUAAUGGCUUCCUGACAAGGACCAAGCAACCAAUCCAGAGUGCCAAAUGCAAAUCUGAUAGAGGGCGAACUGGAAAUGGAACACAAGCAUUUCACAAUCCACUUUUGGAGGCCUCGGUCAUACUAACCCCUGUGUGAAUUGCCGUUUCCAGCACCACGGACAGCGACCAUGAACAGGUUACGCAGGAAAGCGUGUGUGGCUCUUCUAUUGUUCACUUUGUUUAUUUUUGGUACUAUGAUGGGCCUACGAACCCUCAAACCCACUGAUGGCUUCUCGGAUCUUGCUCCAGGAAUGGAGCUGAUGCCUUUGGUUGGAGAGCGAAUGGACCAGAGACCCAAUAAUGUUGCUGAAUCAGCGGGUCAGAAUGGUGGUGUGGGCAGUGACACUAAGAUAGUGUUCUCCAACUCUGGUCCCGACCACAGCAUAUUCUAUGACAUUCACAUCUUCUAUUAUUUAUGGUAUGGCUCGCCACAGAUGGACGGUAGUUAUAUACACUGGGACCAUGUACUGGUGCCACACUGGGACCCUAAAAUAGCUUCCAGUCACCCUAAAGGACGACACAGUCCUCCAGAUGACAUUGCGUCCAGUUAUUACCCUGAACUGGGACCCUACAGCUCCAGAGAUCCAGAUGUCAUUGAAUCCCACAUGGCUCAAAUCGAAGCUGCCGCUGCAGGUGUGGUGGUCCUGUCCUGGUACCCGCCUGGUGUGGCAGAUGAACAUGGCAAACCCACAGAGGAUCUAGUGCCAGCUGUAAUGGACGCUGCCCAUAGACACAGUAUCAAGGUUGCCAUGGAAACAGUUUAUGAAGACCUUCCGGAUUGGCAGUGUGGAAAAGUGGUUGCGUUUCACCUGCAGCCCUACAAAGGCCGGACGGACCUCAGUGUGCAUGACAACAUCAAAUACAUCAUUGACAAAUAUGGGAAACAUGGGGCUUUCUACAGGUUCAAGUCCAGCGCUGGGAAGAUCCUUCCGCUCUUUUAUGUGUACGACUCCUACCUUACCCCACCGGAGACCUGGGCUGAGCUGCUGACCGUCAGGGGCUCUCACACUCUCCGAGGAACUCCUUACGAUGGCAUCUUCAUCGCUCUCAUUGUGGAGGAGCGUCACAAGCAGGACAUCCUGGCUGGUGGGUUUGACGGCAUGUACACCUACUUUGCUUCUAAUGGCUUCUCCUUUGGAUCUUCUCACCAGAACUGGAAAGCUAUCAAAGCUUUCUGCGACAAGAACAACUUGCUGUUUGUGCCUAGCGCUGGACCUGGUUAUAUCGACACCGCCGUCCGGCCGUGGAACAACCACAACACACGCAACCGAGUGAAUGGACGAUAUUACGAGACCUCAUUGCAGGCAGCGAUGUCCAUAAGGCCUGAUAUCAUCACAGUAACAUCGUUUAAUGAGUGGCAUGAAGGAACUCAGAUUGAGAAGGCUGUGCCCAAGAAGACUGUGGCUCGUCUGUAUUUGGACUACAAACCCCAUCAGCCAGACCACUAUCUGGAGCUCACCAGAAAGUGGGCAGAACAUUUCAGUAAGGAGAAAGAGCAGUGGCUUAUGUGAUUGAUUGGGUUUUGCAUUUAGAAGGUUUGCGCAUGUUAUUGAAGUUAUCAACAUUACCGAUUGCUGUCUUUCAAUUUAUGCAUACAUUUUAAAGGCAGCUAAUUAGCAAGGACAAGCCACCUUCUUUUCUCUCACUCUGUCUAUUGAUAAACGAUUGAUUUACUGUCAAUUUUCUUGCAGUUUCAAUGCAAGCAUUUACAAGAACAGUUCACCCAAAAAUGAACAUUCUGUCAUCAUUUUUGUGAUUACAAAUCUAUAUUUGAUUUGUGAAUAUAUUUUUGGAAGCUGAAACCCUUUGCAUCUGUCCAGUUUCAUUCAGUCAAGUGCAUAUUCAUACGUGGGACAUCACGACCAGCCCAACACAUGUGAGAACCAAAGCAGUUUGGCAUCACUGACAUCAAACCUGGCUGGAAAUGUCUUGAUGUGCCCUAUUUGAGUGAAUAUGUCUGUAAACACAUAGCUUAUACACCGUUUUUAUGGUAUGCUUUAAUGGUUUUUAUGUUGUUUAUUUUUGGACCUCAGCAGCAUCCAUCCUCAUUCCCUGUCAUUGUAUGGAGAAGAAAAGUGUGAACAUUGUGCUAUAUGCCUGCAUUUGUAUUCCAAGUAUGGUUUGAAAGUACAUUGGGGCUGGGUGAAUUUGUAAUUUUAGCUAUUCCUUUAACAUUAGGCAUUGAAUCUGACUUCUGCUAGCAGCAAAAGUGUGGCCUCAGUAUUCAAAGACUACUUUUAUUGUGUGUUUGGAUGACAUUUAAAAAAAAAAAAUGGUUGGUGGUUGUGGGUAUGAUUUGUUGGAAUAAUGACUGAUUUAAUAUGUCAUGUAAAUCCCAAUUAUGCAUAUUGUAACUCAUGUUUAAUAUUAAACAAUAAAAGAAUGAAUUUCUGUCUAAA